GAGCGAUUAAAGGUCAACAGGUUGCGCCGUGGGCUCCGGUGAUUGGGCGGACUCUCGCGAAUAAUAAUUCGGGCUGAAACGCCAACAGACAGGUGGAACUGAGAUGGCGCUGCUUUGCAUUAAAUAAAGGAAGUGAGAGUCACUUCGCAAAGCUGAAAUGCAACACAGUGAGCGCUGACGGGUUGAACAGGUGACUGAACUGGUUCCAAGUUUCUCCUCUGGAGUUGCUCGGCUCUCAGGCACCUGCGUGGCCUCUGUGCCCGGACAUGCCGGAGCUCUCCCCGGUGGCGGUGCUCCAGCUGCUGCUGCUGCUCUCCGCCGUCCCCGCGCAGUACUUCAUUUCCCGGUGGACCGGCGGCUCCUCAGUGCAGCGCUACCACGCGACCUCACGGUUAUUACGAAUAUGGAGAGAGUGGCGAGCCUCCUAUCUCAGCCUUGACUCAUGGGGUGAGUGGUUGAACCAGCAGAUGUCCAGAUUCAUGUCUUUCAUUGGAUUAGACGACGAGGACGAGCUUGAAUCCUCAUUUUCAAUCGAGAGCAUGAUGUUCAACAAUGACAAAGGAUAUUUUGGAGCAUCAAAGGAAGUGCGCAGCCCCAGGCCUCUGUUUGUUUUCCUGCGUGUGGGUGAGGUGGUGAUGGAGAGGCGAGGUCAGCGGGUCGGCGUGGUGGUGAGCUGGGACCCCGAGAUGCGAGCUCCGGUCACAUGGGUCAAGAGAAUGUACAGCAACAUGGAUGGCCCCGCUGCAGAGAGGACCCCUCAUUACAAAGUGCUGUUCAGCGGCCCCGGGCCCUCGUCUCUUCUCGUAGCAUACUUGCCUCAAACACAACUGGAGCGCAUCACUGGGGCAAAGCCCGACAUCCCCACGUUAGAGCAGUACUUCUCCCACUUUGAUGGGGAGAGAUUCGUCCUGCAGCCGUGGCUCAGAGAGCUCUUUCCUGAGGACGAGGCCGAGGAAAACACCCUUCCCUGAAUGACUUGCCACGACCAUGAAUGCAAAAGGCCAAAGUUAAAGCUGCUACUCAUUCAACACUCUUGUGUUGGAUCGGUACAGAUACACAGUGUUUUGAAGUUGAAACAUAGAAAACCAUUUUAUUUCUUUGCUCCAGCUGUAGCUUAAAAACUGCACUUUGAUUCCGCCAAUAAAUGUUUUAACAGACUUCAGAGUUUCUUCC